AUGUCUCGUGGUAAAGGUAAGCUUUUUUUGUUCUCUACGGUUAAAACGUAACUUUCAUUGACUUUAAUGACAUUAUUACCUCCGCCAAGGAGGUUAUGUUUUCGGUAGCGUUGGUUUGUUUGCCUGUUAGCAGCUUUACAGAGAAAGUAACAGCCCCAGGAGGAUCCCAUUACAUUCUGGUGGUGAUCCGGAUCGUCUUCUGGAUCCAGGAAUUUUUUGAAGGAUUCUUUAUCAUUGUGAGAUAGGGCAAAUUUUGGAAUUUUUGCAUUUAACUCUAUAAAAAUGUCCAGAGUCUUUAGUAAAAAAUGACACAAAAGGAUCUCAAUGAGUUUUAUGAGGUGUCAAAGGUUGAUCCUGAUCCAGACAAAAUUCUGGAUACUGUGAUCCAGAACACACAAAAAUAAGGGUGUCUUUGGAAUUUUCAAUGCUGAGAGAUAACCAAUAAAGAUACAAGGAAGUGUACGCUUACAAAUAUUGCAUAAUAAAUCAUGCAUUUAUGUAUCUAAUAUGAGCUUUGUUGUUUUAGGAACAUUAUGAACAAUGAACAUACCAGUUUGAACACAAAUAAAAGUUCAUAAAAGACACGUAACAGUAAAAGUUUUGGUGUGAAUCACAGUAUAAGGGGGGACAUGAGCUGCUUGGCGGAGGUCUGCGCUCUCCGAGUGCUUUUCUAGUGUUAUAUGGUUUCUUUAGUUGACUGCAAAGAAAAAGAACUGAGUCGAACAUUUUGAGAGUUUUCUUCACAAGAGUACAGAGAGAUGAACCUACAAGGGUCAAACACGUUUUAGCAUCUGGCCUUUUUCACAGGUUCACCUCGAGACUGUUUUAUUCUGGACCAGCAUCCGCUUGAGUUUUGACUAAAGUGUUCAAUUCUCUUUCUAUGUCGUUGAUAACAUUUAUUUUUUAAUGUAGGGCUUUUAUCUCAGACCUCUACAUGAUUUUGAUGUCGGUUCAGGUUUAACUUUUUAUAAAGCAUUAUCAUGAUUUUUAUGUGUAAUGUUUUGCAGAACUCCUACUCUCCUGCAUUGUGCUGCUGAACAUCUCGUUCAUCGCCUCUCGACCGAUCCAAGUAGAGAGUCUUCGGGAGGACAUGAAGAGAGUUGGCCCGAUCUACUGUAAUCUACUGAAAGCAGAAAAAGAUUAUGUACGUUGAUAAACCUUUUUUUUUUUUAAAGUUGUGAAAACGUGAUGGUGCUGCCCUGCAUUGUGUCUUUAAGUUUGUUAAAAUGAAUUUUACUUCCUCCCUAGAUCAGCUGUAUGUUCGGCAGUAAUCCACCAAACUACAAAUCGAACAACUCGGUGCUGCAGGGAAUAACUUUCCCGGUGAGGGACAACAUCGAAGAACUCCUGGACUCCAUGUGUGCGAUCAACGGUUACCUCGAAAAGCUGCCGGCAAUCAUGGGAAAUGUCUCUUCAGAGCACAAGGGCAUCAUCAACAAUAUUCAAAAGUUUCAUAAUCAGUUUAAAGCUGUGGCAGAAAAACACAUGAAUUCAGACCAUAACCUCAACUCUUGUCCGGUCGACAUACCAAGCACAGACAAUUUCAGCCUGAUGAAAAUUGGUCUUCGAAUCAUUUACUUUUCUAGACUGUGGAUGAAGAAGUUCAUAGGCAAAGAUUUCCACCCCACCUGUUAACAAUCCUGAGAACACUCAAGUCAACCUGUUUAUUUAUUCAUGAAUUUGUUUAUGUAUGUAUUUAUUCAUCUAUUUAUUUAAAGUUUACCCUGAUUGUCAGCUAUCUCUCAUGACUCUUUUUUAUCUUGGAAUGGGCGGUCGAAAUCCUGCUUCUGCAUACUGACCGAACAUUGCACGUAAUAACUUUUUACAAUACAAACCAAUAUGAAUAAAAUCUGAUUAAAAUCUGCUUUUCAAGAGUAACUGUCAAAUCUCUAAGCCUCUGGGAUGAAAAUAUUACUUUAAGGGUACUUGUUUACAUUUGUAUAAUACGUGACCUGCACAGUGCCCCUAGAGGAGAGACACAGUCAUUGUUUCAAAAGUCACAAGUCAGUCUCAAGUCACAGGCUUUAAACUUUUAAAGAAGCAGAGUCCAUAAAAAAACCUAAAACACAGAAUAACAGCGAAAAAAGAGUUUUAACUUUCAGCUCUAAAAAGGUUCGGGCCUGAAGGAUUGUGUGACAGUCGGUCUACGAAAAAGACAACACUCUCUCUGCAGGCGGAUUUUAAUUGGAGUCACUUUUCAUAAGUCCAAGUCAAGUUGUAAGUCAUACAGGAUUUUGUCAAGUCCAAAGUCUGACCAGAGUCCAGGUGAAGUGAUUUGAGUCCACACCUUUGGAUUUCACUUUCUAGAUCGAACCAAACUUGUGGGGGGGCAGAGCCUUCUCUGCUGCCGCCCCCACACUCUGAAAUCCACUCCCCAAACCCAUCCGAGACUGAACAGACCCCCAUACUUUCAAAUCAAUUCUAAAAAAAACACCUUUUUAAAUGAGGUUUUAUCCUGUGAACUGUUCUUUUACUGUCUUUUCAUAUUGGGUCUUUUUUAACCUUUUACAUUGUUGGUCUUAUUACUCAAAUUUUUCUGUAUUUUAAAUUGUGUUUUUUGUAAAGUGUCUUUGACCACCUGUAAAGGCGCAUUAUAAAUAUUUAUUAUUAUUAUUAUUAUUAUUAUUAUUAUUAUUAUUAUUAUUAUUUUCAUGUUAAUUAUUUUUAUUAUUUUUAUUAUUAUUAUUAUUAUAUCCGUGUUAACCUUCACCAACACAUUGUCCUUUUACGCUUACUUUCAUUUGACUUAUUAAAAAAGGGGUUGGAGCUGACAUGAGUAUCAAGCUGUUUUUGUUUUUUAAUUUUUUAAUUGAUAGUCCCUGAUAAGUCUGUAAUAAAGACACAAUCAGUAAAACUUAGCUAAAGGAAAUCCCUUUGACACAGACAUUUUUUUAUUAUUUGUCACACCUUUUGACUUUUAAAGAUCUAAUCAGAUAUGUGAACGGCUGGAACAUUUGUCACACAACGUGAAGAUUUUUUCUUUUUUUUUUCUGAGGAAAAGACUCCGAAGAGGGAACUCCCAAAACAGAAAACCUAAAUCCUGUAUGACUCUUUCUGUAAAAUACCAAACUUAAAACACAAGGGAAAAUAUCAAACCUGAUUUUAUCACAAGAGUCCUGAUAAAAAUGAUCCUUAAAAGAGGGAUCAGAGAAAGUGUCCCCACAGAAAAUAACCUACUGCUAACCAAAGCCUGCUGGUGUGAUGGAUUUCUUUACUGGUAAGAGUCCAGCUGAGUCUUUUCUUCAUGCAGAUGGUCCUUUAACCUCUGCAGUUGGGAGACGUUGCUCAACUUUCAAACUCUCAGGAUGUAACUCUCUCUCUAUCUCUGCCUGUGCUGCGUAUGUCUGAGUAUUCAGAUGAUUUUUUUUCUCAUUUCCCAUGUGUGCUCGUUUGUAUCACUUGCAGUACUCACCUUCCUGUGCCUGCUGAUCACACAAGCACCCUGCAGAAGUGUAAGAAAAGGAAGAGACGCCGGGGUCGUAAACGAGAUGAUCGAGAUGAUGCAGGAGGAGAUACAGAGCGCUCUGAAACUCAUGGUAAGACUUUUUUAGUGUGAACUUAUUUUGAAAAUUAGAUAAAUAUUGUGCUUUAAUUAAGCUGUUGGGUUCCUCAUUAUUAGAGAUGAUUUUUUUGGAUGUUUGUACAGAGUUCAAAACGUUAUUAUCAUGAAUACUGUGGCUCAUAAAAUAACAUUUAAUAACUAAUUUUAGGGUUAAGUUUGCAAAGUUUAUACCAAGCAGAAAAGAAGCUAAGCAAGAUUUUAGCCCAUUUAUUUGAAACAUUAUCUCUGAAGUUUUGAAGUAGGGCAGACCGGGGAUGGUUGUUACAUUUUUUACAUUUCUGUCUGUAUCUCCGAGCUCCUUUAAGCCAAUGCAUUCAAACUGUGAUACAAACUAGGUAAAUGUGUCUGCUGUUAAAGGCUGUAGCAGUUACCCCUGCAACACAAACAGACAAUGCAUAACUUAGUCUAAAGUCCAAGGAGAGAAAUGUUAAAAUUUACCCCAUAGUCUGGGUUAGUUGUAACAAACCCUGGAGUGAAAUGUAACAUAAAAAAAUCAGGAUAAUGACAAAACUUUAUUAAUUAAAUAAUUAUAUAAGAAACAGAUUGUUGUUACAGCCAACCCAGACCCUUUUCACCAGAAACUAACUUACUUUACAGCUAACAGCUAAAACUUUGGCAUGAACAACUUUCAAGAAAAAUAUCUACAUAGACACACAAAAAACGUGACUCAAGUUUGAUGAGUUCAACUACACAGCAGGCAAUGCUAUCAUAAAAAUAUCUGAAUUAAAAAAAAAAAGCUACUUUCUUACCUUUGAAUUGUCUGAGUCUACCACAGGAUCCUACAUGUACACAUGUGGAACAAGGACUAGACUAAGCAUGUGCAGCGUGAGUCAGGUGAUCCGUAACUUGUUCCUAUUGGAGAAAUUGGAAGUUUGGUAAUUGACCCGUGUUACAACUAUCCCCGGUCUCCCCUAGUAUAAAAUUUGAUCAUUAUUGUGCAUGACUGCUCUAAUGAAGACUUUCACAUACAAAUGAGACAACACUCACUGACUGACUGGAUAAAAAAACAGACACAAAACAUGAGGAGGAAUGUUCAUGAGCAUCUUUUAUCUCCUGCAGAAUGACUCCGGAAGCCUCCUCAACACCCCCUGCAAGUCCAUCAACCACUCAGAUCAGGUGGGACAGGGACAGCAGAGCAUCGAAGCCUACCUUGCUUCCUCUGGUUGCCGCCUGAAGAAGAUAUCCCCACUGAUCCAGAAGAAGAUUUCUUCUCAUCUGCUGAACAUCAGUCAUUUGGCUCAGGACACUGCACAUUGGAAAGAUCAGAAACUGUGUCUGGACUGCUGCAGUUUACCCUCGUUUGAGGACGACAGGGAGCGUCACCUGUACGUCAAAUGUGAGCUGCAGGUGUUGAAGCAGCGACUCAGCGCGGCCGCCGCCGACCUCUCUACACCCAACCCGAUUUAA